UUGCUCACGCAGAAGAAGCGGGUUCGGGGGGCUGUUCUGGGUCUGCUGACGAGUGGCUGCUACCUGUUUGGCUCCGUGCAGGUCGUGAUCAUGGCAGUGCAGCUGUGGGUGCAUGGUGCAGGUCUGCUAGCCUGUACGCAGCUGUUGGUGCCGAUGAGUGGCGGAGUUGCCUUCACCUUGGCCUUCGUCCGCCGGGCGAAUGACGUCUUGGAGGCAGAUUGCCAGGCCAACAGAUCAUUGAGUCCGCUGUUAGGGCGUGAUGUGGUCACAAAGGCUGCAGGGCAAGCCCCAACAUGUGUUUGCAUCACUCUGGAAUUCAGCCCGUGA